CCACUUCAAUCAAUUUUACCUUCCCAUCCAUGCCUGCCGCCACUUCGUAAGGUCACUUUCGCCGACUAACGAAUAUCACAGAGGCAGGAGAGAGUUCUUUGUGCUUCAACGGCCACCUUCGCCACCACCGUCUACGCCUCAGCUAGGGCUGGCUGCAUCGGCAAAGAUGAACAACGCGUCAAAGAGCUUCAUCAUGUCCUUUCCCACGAUGAUGUCUUCGGCGACGGCGACCGGUGGCGCGGACACUGCAUCGCUCAUGGAGUCGCUACACCAGCAUCUUGUUCCCCUCAAGCCGCUGCCGUAUGCCUCGUACUACAAGGGCGAGAUCUCGCUACUUCCCUUCCUCUCCGACAAGUAUCUCUCUCUUCUUGCGCCCAUCCUCAUCUACUGGGCCUCGUCGCUAUGGUUUCAUCUCCUCGACACGCUCCAGCUUCCCUUCUUCGAGAAGUACCGCCUACAUGAACCCGCCGAGAUUGCUGCGCGGAACCGAGUGAGCGCGAAGCGCGUCAUUGUCAUGGUACUCUUCCAACAAGUAGUCCAGACGAUUCUCGGAAUCUUUGUCCUCGAAGGUGAAGAGACGGUCCGUAAACAAGUCUUUGCCGACCACGAGGCUGCGAUGGCGAACAUCGCCAUGAGAGUGGCCCAUGUCGCUGUGGCCACCGUCGGUUUCAAGAACGGCGCCAAGAUCCUUCAGAUGCUUGGUCCCUGGUUUGUCCACUGGCUCUACUGGUGGGGCAUCCCAGCCUUCCAGCUCGGGUGGGCCUUCCUCGUGAUGGAUGCCUGGCAGUACUUCCUCCAUCGAGCGUUCCACGAGUCUCGCUUCCUCUACAAGCACUUUCACUCGCACCACCACCGUCUCUACGUGCCCUAUGCCUUUGGUGCGCUAUACAACCAUCCGUUCGAGGGACUCUUGCUCGACAGUGCCGGGGGUGCCGUCGCGCAUGCAGCCGCCUUCAUGACGGUCCGCCAGGGCAUUCUCCUCUUUACCUUUUCCACCAUGAAGACGGUGGCGGACCACGGCGGCUACGCGUUCCCUCCUUGGCUGGACCCUCUGCACCUCCUCUUUCCCAACACGGCAGAGUACCACGACGUGCACCACCAGAUGCAAGGCCUGCGCUACAACUAUAGCCAGCCCUACUUUGUCCACUUUGACAUUCUCUUUGGCACGAGAAUGUCGGCGGAAAAGUUUGCCAAGAUGCGGGCGGUUAACGACAAGCUCAAGAGGGAGAAGUGGGCCGUCGACAAGGCGGCAAACGGGUCCGAGGCGACGGUCGCCACGGGUGCUGCAGGCAGCGCCACAAAGGCAUCGACGAGAAGAAGAAUAGGAGCGGAGGUGCACGACGACGUGUCGCCGGGCGAGGUGGCAAGAAGAGCAGCGGCAGACGGCGUGGGAGAUAUCACAACCACGCUCGACCAAGAGUCAUACCGAGAAAAGGCAGGCGUAGUUACCUGAUCCAACCCUCUUGCAUCUCCCUCCUGUCCUCACAUACCAGUCUCUGUUCACACAUCACUCACCACCUUACUACCGCUCAAUGACUUCUUCUUCUUCGCCCCUUCUUUACGAUCACCCUUUCUUUAAUUGCUCUCUAUUUGUUCAUAUUUUCCGCGAUGAAAUCGAUAAUUGCAGCCGACCGCU